AUGUUAACUUUUUCAGGUGAAAUUAAAGAAUCCUCAUCUUCAAGACAAAGAUUGUGAAAUAAUCGAAAAGAAAAAUCUAUUAAAAAAUCAUUUUUUGAGUUUUAUCGCCUACUUUAUCAUAGCUCAAGUCUUGAAGACAAUUAUUCUUUUCGUCAAAAAGUUAAAGAAGCAACUGAAGGAAUUAUUUGAAUUUUACAAAUUAUAAGUUUACUAUGGGUUCCAAACCUUUCAAUAAAGCAUUGAAAUGAGCAUAUAACAUUAUGAGAAAUCAUGGGGUACUUACGAUUUGACAAUAUAUUUUCGGAGUUUGGAAUGAUAAAAGAAUCCCUAUAUUUAUGUAUAAUCAGCAUUUUUAUUAUUUUUUCCAGUAUUUUCGUUUUAGUUUUGCUGAUAUAUUAUUCAUUUAGAUUGCCAAAAUCAAUAUUCGGCAUUUUUAGACAAAUUUUCAAUUUUUGGGUUAAUGUGAUUUUUAUACCGUCUAUGGUUUUAUUUUCCAUCUUUUUAAAGUAUAAUAUCAUAUCAGAAAAAAGUAUUACAGAAUAUAAAAACAACAAUGGAUUUUCAGAGUUUGAAAUAAAUGUUCCUUUACAAUUGGUGUUAAUUUUUGCAAUGAUAGUAGCUUUUCCAAUGAUUUUAUUCCACACUGAAUUUUCAGGUGAAAUUAGGCACUCAGUAAGUUGCCAAAUAUUAAAAGCAAAAGCGCAUUCUAAAAUAGAUUUGCAUUUAGCAAUUUUCACUUAUUUUUCUCCUGUAAUUUAUGUAUGUCUUGAUCAUAACUACAUGAUUUAUUUUCAAUUUUUUAUGAUGAUUAUUUCAGCAGCUAUUGUUGUAGAAGUUAUGCAGUUUCUACCAUAUUUUUCAAUUUAUUUUAAUCUAGCACAAAUUCUUAGGCUUUGUGGGGUCUCUUUAGUAUCUUUUGGAUUUAUUCUGGGAUAUAUAAUGGAUAAUUCGUUAUUUAUUAUUCUAUUUGCGAUUAUUUUAGGACCUCUAAUCGUACUGCUAAAUAUUCAUUUUGUGCUAAAGCUAGAAAAAAAUUUAAAUUCAAAUAUUCCAGUUAAUUUAGCCGAAAUAAACUCAGCAUAUCAGCUUGAAAAGUCCCUUCGAUACUCCCUAUGCUCUAAUAGCAUUGAAAGCAAAGAUCAGAUAAUCUACCUCUUCGAAAUUUUCUAUAUAGAAAAACCCUUUUGCCGAAAUAAACUUGAAAGUAUCUGGAUAGCAAACUACUGUUUAUUUACGUUAAAAGAUGAGUCUUUAGCCAAAGUUAAGCUUACAAAGACCAUGGAUAUUUCAGAAUUAAAUUUAGAAGCAAAUUUUCAAGAAUAUUUAUCAAAUAAAAAUAUUCAAAAUUCUUCAUCAGAUGAAUCAGUUCAAUUUAUUGAUUAUUUUCAACAAUUAAAUCUAAUUAAAAAGAAAGAUCACAAACUGUGUUUCAAUUUAUUAAAAUUCUGAGAAGAAAUAACUGCGUCCAAACCUGAUCUCAAAUGAUUGGUAAAAAAACUGAAUUGGAUUGAUGAAAAGAUAUUAGCCAUUAAUAAUCAAUACAGCCAAUUGACAGCAAAAUUUUUUUACUCUAAAGAUUUUUUACUCCCCCUCUUCAAGUGAACCAAAAAAAAUUCUGUUUAAUGAUGGAGGGAGAUUAAAUUUUUUAAUAAAAAUUUAUAUAUAAAUUUAUAAUAAAAAAAAUCAAGUAAAAAUAAAUUUAAUUUGUAAAAUUUAUGUUUUUUAAAUGCAAGCUGCUUAAUUUAGCAGAAUUAGUUAGGGAUUAAUUACAAUAACUAUAUCAAAAUUUUUUUUUCAUAAAAAAUUUUUUGUUUGAUAAAAGGGUGGCUUUUUGCAUUAAAAAUAGGGAUUUUUCCAAUGGUUUAUUCGCUCACAGAGGAGGGGUUAGAGCUUUAUGCCUCAUAUGCAAAAGAUAUACUUUUUGACUGAGAAAAAUCUAAUUUGCUUGAAAAUAAAUUAAAAUCAUAUGAGAAAAGCGCUAUAAGUUCUUAUUCAAGAAAUCCUAGCUGCUUUAAUGAUGCAAAUGGAAUUUUUGUAAUAUCAGGAGAAGAAGAAAAUUUUGGUGAAAUUCUUUUUUCUAAUACAAAAGCUAAUGAAAUUAUUAAAUUUGCAGAUGGGAGCAGCAUUAUGGACUUUAUUCCUUCAUUCUAUAGCGGAAAAUUAAAAGACGAAAUUAAUUGGCUUAUUCAUUAUGGCUCAAGCUCAGAAAUUGAUUUAAAAGAAGGAUUUUUCUUGAAACUCCCGACAAAUUUUCUAAUAGAAAUCACAGGAAAAAUGAUAAUAACCUCAAUUGACAAUUAUCUUGUUUUAAUAUUUAUUUUUCAGAAAAAGCAAACUAAUCGUCAAAUCGCAUUGAUUUCUGAGGAUGGAGAAAUUUUCGAUUAUUCCGAAGAUUUUCCUUUACUCUUCCCAUCCUUGGGCAAGCAAAACGACUGAAAAAUCCUACUCAUUAGGAAAAACUAUCGUCCAUAAGAAUCAUAAUGUUUUUUACUACAAUUAUAUUUUUUGUAGAACAUUUUUAUAUUAAAUACCUAAUUGUAUUAAAUUUUUAAGCUGGUUGCAAUUUAAAUAAAUUUAUGAUACUUUAUAUUAUGCGUUGCAUAAAUUUCUUAUGGACGUUAUAUGCGCCAUUUUCAUAUGAAAUUUCAAAUUAUGAAUUUGCCUCACUAAAAUCUGCGUUUUGAAACGCAUAUUUGGUUUUCACAUACCAAAUUCAAAUUGACAUGCAUAUGCAUGAUAAGAAAUUAUUGCAAUACAUAAUAUUUAAAUUUUUGAUUAUAGGGAUUUUUGAAAUUUUGAAGAAAAAAAAAACCCCAAUUAUAAGAAGCAAAAAAUGUUUGCUCAUUAGAGGAGAGCUUUAGCAGCAGAAAAAUUUAAGGAUGAUUUGAAAGGACAUAGUCUUAAAAAUGUAUUUCCCGAACUCGAAAAUUUUAACUUGCAAUUAUCAAUCCCUUAUCAUUUAAAAAACUGUGAAUGUCAGACUAUCUUGAUUUUAUCUUAUUUUCAAAUAAACCGAUUAAAAAUACUUCAUGCAUUAUUAAUUAAUGAUCAUGAAGAAAUCAAAGAUUGAAUAAAUAAAAAUAAGGCGCUUAAAAAAUGCAAAAAAGAGAAAGCAAACUUAAUAAGCUGUCCUUUAUCACUAAACUCAAUAAGAUCAUUAAACUCAGAAGGAAAUAAAAACUGACUAUAUCAUAUUUCAGAAGAAGAUUGCGUUAAUCCUGAAAUUAUUUCAAAUCAAACUAGUAUCAAUGAAUCUUCAGAAACAGCCAAAAGCAAUCGAUCAGAAACUAAAGAAAAAUACAAACCAUUCAAAAAUUUACCUAGAAAUAAAUUUCUUCGAUUAUUGAAAAAAUCUUCUCAGUCAAUAAAUAUUUUGCAUAUUGCUUUUAUUUUAUCAGUAAUAUUUAUGCAGAUUUUUGCUGUUUUAAGCACAAAUAUAAUUAAAAUAUGGCGUCUUCGUCUGGGCAUGGCCUCCUGGCCAUGCAGCCUCGACUCAUAUUUUAAUUAUAUCCGGUAAGGUUUUUGCCAUUUCAGAGAUGGACAGCAAUGCUAGGCAAGCAAUUCUGGUUGUGUACAGAGCCUAGCCCAAGUCUAAUUUCAAGGAUGGUUUUUUCCUCAUGGGGAAGGAGGGCACGUAAGUUGGAAAGGGGAAGCUCAGCAAAGUCCUUUGGACCAAUCAGGCAACUUUCUAGCGUGAAACUGGGCGUUACGUCCCAGGCUACGUGCUUUUCCUUUUUGCCGAAAGCCGACCAGAAAAUCCAUUUUUUGGAUUUUCGGAAAAGCAGCCCAUGUCCACAAGCAAGUAGCUCACUCAUGAGCCGUUGAAAGUCGGUGACAUUUGCCCUAGGCGCACCCUGGCGAACAAAGCAGGUUGGCCCAGCAACUUGUAGGCCCGAUGCGGCGAAAGGUAAGCAGAAGAUCUGGGGGAGAGUCUACCCCGUAAGGGACGUUAAACGUAUAAAUUCUAAUGUAAUGUAAUGUUUUAAGCACAAAUAUUGCCGUUCUAUGUUACGCAUAUUCAAACAUAGAUUUUAUUAAAAACAUGGAUCUUCCUAUCACAAUAGGCAAAGUAGCUAAAAAAUUGCAAAAUAUAUCAUUAGCUUCAAGCAUCCUUUGGAGGCUUGGAGAUUAUAAAAAUUUUGGCACUGAGCUCGCUAUAUCAACGUCAUGAAUUAGAUUAGAAUCUUUUAUUUCUGAAUUAAAAGCCAUAUAUCUAAAUGUUACUUCUCAAUUAGAAAAUUGAAAUUAUUGCUCAGGACAAGAAAUUUUUAUUAAUGAAAAAAUAAAGCUAUAUAAUUGAGAGCACAAUAAAAAAGUAAAUUUAUUAGGCAUGAUUUCACAAGUAAUUCAGACUGUAAAAAUUAUAUAGGGAAAUGAAAUGAUCAGAAAAGCCAAUAAUUCAGAAGACUAUUCAUAUGAAGCUUCUUUUUUGUAUGUUAAUGGAAUUGGAGACACUUUUCAGUAUUGCAACCAUUCUUUAUAUGAAGUAAUGGACUGCCAAAAAUCAAUUAUGCUUGACUUUAAAAGGGAUAUGUUUAUUUUACUUGUAUUAGGGAUUGGUGUACUUAUUUUAUGCAUUUGCUGUAUGAUCCCUUUUUGGUGCUCUAAUGCAAAAAUUGAAAGCAAUUUGUGAAAUAAUUUAAGAAAAAAAGUAUAUUAUCAUCCUGAAAUAAAAUUGGCAUUAUUAAAAAGACUUAAAUCUGUCCAUUAUCAGCGUGAUAUGCUAAUUAAUGAUAGAAAUUUUACUAGUUCUCAGUUUAAUUUCAAAAAUAAUUGAAGAUUGAUAUGAAGGCUUUGCAUAUAUUUUUCAGCUGUUACGAUGUUUUCGUUAAUUAAUAUAACUUAUCUUUAUGAAAAGUGCACAGAUUAUUUAGCUUAUAGACCUGAAAUAAUAAAAGAAAUAAUCCAUGAGCAAAUGCUGGAAAAUUCUAUAGGGUUAUCAGCUACUGAGUCUCAGUUCAGAAAUUGAGGACUUUUAUCAGUAAAUAAAACUCCUAGUGAAUAUCCUUUGAUGAACAGUGAAGCAGCAUUUCAAAAGGAUAUAUUAAGAUUUAGCCGCUCAAAAAUAAUGGUAAGGGAUCCAAAGUACUUGCCAAUUUUAUCACAAAAUAUUAGGUCUAAACUUUAUGAAAGCCAUUAUGAUUUUUGAUCAAAAUAUUUUAUUUUUGGAGUAUAUGCUGCGGAAGGAUUGGUAUGAUUUAUUUAUUUAAAUUGCAAUUGAUAUUAUCAAGUGCCAGAUUUACCUUGUUUUGAAAUUAAAAUAUCAAGCCAAAAGGUUAACUAGCUAGCUCAUAGAACUAUAAAAUAUUUUUUUCCUAUCAAAAAUAUCGUAAUUCAUAGCGAGUUAUUGCCGCUUCUUAGCUAUAGAUCUUUUUUAUAAAAAAUUACAGAUAUUUAUUUUCUAUUAAAUUUGCCGAUUUUUAAAAAAAAUGGUAUAAGAUUUGACAGCUAUGUAAUCAUCCAUUCCAACAAAUUAAUUUUGCUAUGAUUAAAUUGGCUUAGAAAUAUUGACACAUUGAUUGUCAAUUAUAGUGAACUAACUGAUGAAAUUGACCAAUAUUCUCAAAGUGUAGUUGAAGAUCAGAUUAAAACCAUUGUAGCGGCGUUUUCAUUUUUUAUUGCAAGCUCAAUUAUAAUAUACUUUACACAAUAUUUCGUGUUUUUUAGGAGAGAAAAACAGUAUUUACAGAAAAUAAAUUUAAUGAUGGAAAUUAUUCCAUCAUAA